AUGGCUGUGUACAAACUCACUUACUUCAAUUUUCCUGCACUGGCAGAACCUAUCAGGUUUCUCUUGUCCUAUUUGGAAAUCGAUUUUGAAGAUUUUCGGUUCGAACGAGAACAAUGGCCAUCAAUCAAACCCACAAUGCCAUUUGGUAAAGUCCCAGUUUUAGAAAUCGAUGGUAAAGCAUUGAAUCAAUCAGUAGCCAUAAGUCGUUAUUUAUCGAAAAAAGCUGGAUUAGCAGGUAGUGAUGAAUGGGAAUCUUUACUGAUCGAUAUCGCUGUUGAUAACGUUAAUGAUUUGAGAGAAGCUCUUGCAUUGUCAGCGUUUGAUCCAAACGAAGAAUCUAAAGCUAAAAAAUAUGUAACUCUUAUAAACGAAACUAUACCGUUGUAUUUGAACAAAUUUGAAAAUACUGUGGGAGAAAAUAAUGGAUACUUUGUAAAUGGAAAGUUGUCCUUGGCUGAUAUACACUUUGUAGCUUUGUUAGAUUUUUUGAGCUUUUUGGCAAAAGUGGAUCUAAUAGAGGGUCGUCCGAUUUUACAAGCACAUAAAAAAAAAAUAUUGGAUAUACCUCAAAUCAAAUCAUAUAUGGCCAAAAGACCUGCAUUCUCCAUUAAAUAA